UAUGAAAAACGAUUUAUUUAGAUGGGUGACAUUAUCUGCCAAAGUAACACCACUGUUUACAAAGAAGAGCUCUCCAGUAGUGUACCAAAACAUUCAAGGGUCAUUUUCUGAAAAGUGAGGUUUCAAGUUUAUCAUCUUCCACAGUAGAAUUACUUUCCCAUUGUUCCUCAACUGUAGUGUCUGAUAACAUUUUCUAGCUCUGAGUUUCUACUUUAAUCCAAUGUAAAAAACACCAUUCAUAAUGUUGCUACAUAAGAAUGAAUCUAGCCAGUCAGUAACAUUUGACUGUAUAAAACCGAGCAGUACUUUUUAUUUCUCUGAAAGUGAGGCAGACGUAACAUUUUGCAAUAAAACAUGAUUAUUUGUCUCUCUGAAAUGAAACCACCAAGUGAUAGAUUUCAAACAAACACAUGGCUGUCAAUAAACAAUCACAUGCCAUGAUUAGCUGGUAAAAUAAACACAUCUAUCACUUUUAUAAUUUCUUUAAACAAUAACAUCUAAUUUACCAACUUUUCUGAAAAUGGAUAUAUAGCGAUUUGGAAUUAAACUAUUAUUAUGUAUCCCCAUCUGAGCUCAGAGUAGAUGAGAGAUGUAAUGUUUGUCUCUGUUGUGUUGAAGUCCAAUCAAGCAGGAGAGACCAGCCUCCCCUGUACCCAGCUGUGUGUCCAUGAAGAGUGACUGGUCAAUGGAUAAAAUGAUAGACUUCAGAGAGAGAGAUUAUUCUCCUGAACAAAGAACCGAACAGGAGACAUCAGAGUCAGUGAUUCUCAGUGGUCAGUCUUCCCAGAGUCAUCAAACAGACCUGGCCUCUAUAUUCAGUUUGCUUGAAGAGAAUUUGAUGACAUUUGUGAACAACGAGCUGAAGAGGUACAAGAGGAUUCUUAGUCCAGAACUCCCAGAAGGCUUUGAGAGUCAGAAGCAGGAUGAGGAAGUGGUGGAUGCUGAAGAUGAGCAGCAGGAGAGCAGUGCCAGAGAGGGGGCUCUGAAGAUCACACUGCACGUCCUGAGGAAAAUGAACCAGAAGGAGCUUGCUGACACACUGGAGAAAAAUGAGCUUGCUGUGAUUUGCCAACGUGAACUCAAAUCUAAUCUAAAGAAGAAGUUUCAAUGUGUAUUUGAGGGGAUAGCUAAACAAGGAAACCCAACACUUCUCAAUAAGAUCUACACAGAGCUCUACAUCACAGAGGGUGGAACAGGAGAGGUCAAUAAUGAACAUGAGCUGAGACAGAUUGAGACAACAACCAGGAAACAAGCAAGACCAGAGACUGCAAUCAAAUGUAAUGACAUCUUCAAACCCUUAACUGGACAAGACAAACUUAUCAGAACUGUGCUGACAAAGGGAGUCGCUGGCAUUGGAAAAACAGUCUCUGUGCAGAAGUUCAUUCUGGACUGGGCUGAAGGAAAAGCAAAUCAGGAUGUCAGUUUGUAUUUUCAUUCCUUUUCAGGAGCUGAAUUUGAUGAAAGGGAAAAACACACUUUGAUUGAACUUCUCAAUCACUUCUCAAUGGAAACCAAAGAAUCAAGAAUCUCCAACUACGACAAGAACAACGUUCUGUUCAUCUUUGAUGGUCUGGAUGAGUGCCGACUGCCCCUAGACUUCCAGAACAACAAGAUCUGUUGUGACGUCACCAAGUCAACCUCAGUGGAUGUUCUACUGACAAAUCUCAUCAAGGGAAAUCUGCUUCCCUCUGCUCUCCUCUGGAUAACUACCCGACCUGCAGCAGCCAAUCAGAUCCCCCCUGAGUGUGUUGACCAGGUGACAGAGGUACGAGGGUUCAAUGAUCCACAGAAGGAGGAGUACUUCAGGAAGAGAUUCAGUGAUGAGGACCUGGCCAGCAGAAUCAUCUCACAAUAA